AUUCUAGUCGUGUCGCUGUUUGGAAACAUUCUCAUUUCUGCUGUCAUCCUUAGCAACAAGAACAUGAAGAAACCCACAAACUAUUUCAUUCUCAACAUGGCCAUAUCUGACCUUGUAGUCCCAACUAUGUCUCAUAGCAGGGAAUUGGUGUUGCUGUACACAAAAUCUAAAUACGAUACCGAGUGGCUUGUCGGAGGAACAAUUGGUACAAUACUUUGCAAGUUGGUGCCAUUUUUUCAUGAUGUAACAACUGCGGUAUCAAUACUCAGCUUGAUUCUCAUCACUAUCGAUAGAUUUAUUGCAGUCGUUUACCCUAUGAAACACUACAUUAUGUCAAAAACAGAGUGCAAAGUACUAAUCUUUGCAACAUGGUUACUAGGAAUGAGUCUCCAUGCAGUUUAUCUUUACACAUUUGAAGUCAGGAAGGUUAAUGGGGUGCAUGUAUGUGUGCCAGGAUAUGAUAAGAAGUUUGGUGCAAAAUUUAUUAAUAACUAUUUUCUGUCAUUGUUCUCCAUUCUGACGGUAACGCCCACUAUUGUUAUGACUAUUGCAUAUACCAUUAUCAUCAUAAGCCUUAAGAGACAGUCCUCCCAUUUGGGAGACUCGUUCAGUGAUCGGCAAAAGCGGCAGAGGGCUAAAAAAGAAAAAAAGAUCAUACAAUUGGCGAUUGUGAUUAUCAUAACGUUCAUAAUCUUGUGGGCUCCUUUCAAUGCGCUCGUAUAUCUGCGUCUAUUUGUAUACAAUGACGUCAUGCCUAAUCCUUGCUUUUUAAAACCAUUUCGUUUUAUAGCGUUAUUCUGUGCAUACGCUAACGCGGCGAUAAAUCCUUGUAUUGUGUUUAUCUUAUGUCAAGUUUUUCGUCAGGGAUUAAGGAAAAUGCUUUCAAAAAACUCAAAAAUAGACAUCGUUAAGAAUCAAUCUGGUGGUCAGCAGCUAGCAAAUCAGCGCGAGAUGCGAAAUAUGGCACAUGAAAAUAAUAUUUAGAUAAUUGUAAAUAGUACGAAAAGGAGAUCAGUGUUAAUUAUUUUCACAUUUGAGCCUAUUUUGUUGAAUACUGGCCRGGUGGAAAUUUUUUUGAAAUACAKAGAAUGUAUGGUUUUUGGAGAGGCUGCUCUGAACUCCAUACAUACUUUUAGUAGCUUGUUGUUUUUUUUUCGAAUGAUUUCGAACGGUUGCUACUCUAUAAUUCAUCCAAAAUACUGUGAAC